AAGACAUGAACGCCACCUCUCAGUCAUACAUAAGACCUGUGAAUGUGUUUGACUUCCUCUUCCUUUUGAAGCAUUAGUUCAAACAUUAAUGCAAUUUGUUUUACAAAAAGGGUUUUCAUUGUUUUUGCCAUUUUUGCGGCGAAAAUCGUUUCACAGUCAACCAAAGUUUGUGAAACAUUUGAAUAAUAUGAGAGUCAAUAUUCUUCCGGCUCUCGGAGAUAAUUAUAUGUAUCUCUUGAUCGAUGAGAAGACAAGAGAAGCUGCUAUUGUAGAUCCCGUCGAACCAAACAAAGUGUUGACAGCAGUGAAGGCAGAGAAUGUGAAUUUGACAACAGUUUUAACGACUCACCAUCACUGGGAUCACGCGGGAGGUAAUGAAGAACUCGUUAAACUGGUGCCAAACUUGACUGUUGUUGGCGGAGAUGAAAGAGUUGGAGCACUCAAUAAAAAAGUAUCGACAGGAGAUCAGCUAACCAUUGGACAAAUGAAUGUCGAGUGUCUAUUUACUCCGUGUCAUACAAAGGGUCAUAUCUGUUAUUAUGUCACUUCUAAAGAUAAUCCAAAUGAUGAUCCACUAGUUUUCACAGGUGACACUUUAUUCGUGAGCGGUUGCGGUAAGUUUUUUGAGGGCACACCACAGCAAAUGCAUAGAGCACUCAUCGAUGUAUUGGCAAAUUUACCACUAAAUACGAGAGUGUAUUGCGGUCACGAAUAUACGGUCACUAACUUGAAGUUUGCAAAUAGUGUUGAACCAAACAAUGAGGAUAUUAUCAAUAAAUUGAAAUGGGCUCAGGAAAUGCGCUCAAGAAAUGAACCAACAGUUCCGUCAACCAUUGCCGAUGAAAACAAGACUAAUCCAUUCAUGAGAGUCAAUGUCCAAAGUGUUCAAAAACACGUCAACAAAGGCAAUGAUGUCAUCGCAACAAUGGAAGAGUUAAGACAUCUGAAGAAUAAUUUCAGAGCCGACUAAAAGUCUGUCAAUCUAUUGACUCGGAAGCCGACUCUUUGCUAGAAUUGGCCGCAAAUAACUUCAUUUCGUUCUCAUAACGAAUCUUAUCGUUAUUAAAGAGAUUGUAAUAAAUCUAUAUUUUAAUUGUUAAGUAAAUAAUUAUUUUUUCUAAUUACCGAUAAUUCC